AUGAGUGCCGCUAAUGUCCCCGCCGCCGCCAAUCCAGCACCGCCGCCUGUGCUGAAGAAAGGCAUCGUGAAGCAGAUUCUCUCCGGUGACUCGUUGAUCCUCCGUGAUAAACCCGUGAAUGGACCGCCACGAGAGAAGCAGCUCAACUUUGCUGGCGUUGUCGCACCCAAGCUUGCCCGCCGACCAACCAACGGAUCGAGUGACGGUUCGAAGGACCAACCCUACGCCUGGGAAUCCCGCGAGUACCUGCGCCAGCGGUUGAUCGGCCAGGAAGUGUGGUUCUACUCGGAAAAGCCGCCGAACGCGACCCGCGAGUAUGGCUACGUCAAGCUGGGCAAGGACCUCAACUCGGAGAACAUCGUUGAGUCGAUCGUAUCCGAAGGUUUGGUGACGGUGCGGCGUGACAGCGUGCGCCAAACGCCCGAACACGCCCGCCUAAUCGAGCUGGAGGAUGCUGCUCGUCGAGCACGCAAGGGUCUCUGGAGCGAUGCACCGGAAGGUGAACACGUGCGUAACAUUGUGUGGAACAUCGACAACCCGAAGCAGUUCGUCGAUCAGCACGGUGGUCAACUGAUCAAGGCGAUCAUUGAGCAUGUGCGCGACGGCUCCACGGUGCGUGCCUUCCUCAUGCCGAACCCGCGCGUCUUCCAGCACGUAACGCUCAUGAUGUCCGGUAUCCGCUGUCCCGGGUUCAAGCUGGACUCCGAGGGCAAACCGGACAACACGACCGAGGUGCCGUAUGCGGAGGAGGCCCGCUUCCACGUGGAAAGUCGACUGCUGCAGCGCGACGUUAAGAUUCGGCUCGAAUCGAACAGCAAUACGAACUUCCUCGGAACGAUCCUCUGCCCGGAAGGUAACAUUGCUGAAUCACUGCUGCGCAACGGGUUUGCCAAGUGCGUCGAAUGGAGCAUACCGUACGUUAAGGAGGGCAUCGACCGAUUGCGUGCCUCCGAACGGGAGGCCAAGGUUGGCCGGCUACGCCUGUGGAAGGAUUAUAAACCUCCGGCGGCAUUGGCGAACACCAAGGACAAGGAGCUGGUGGGCACGGUGAUGGAGGUGUUCAACGGUGAUGCCAUCUCGGUGAAGGUGGGCACCAUCACGAAGAAGGUGUUCUUCUCAUCGAUCCGGCCACCCCGCCCGAAGGAGGAUGAUGGUCCGCGGGCGAAGAACUCGCGCCCCCUGUACGACAUUCCCUACAUGUUCGAGGCACGUGAAUUCCUGCGCAAGAAGCUGAUCGGCAAACGAGUAACGUGUACGCUCGACUAUGUUGCACCUGCCCGCGAUAACUACCCGGAGAAGUACUGCUACACGGUGCGGCUGGAUGACCAGAACGUCGCUGAAGCAAUGCUGGAGAAGGGUCUCGCCACGGUGAUCAACUAUCGCCAGGACGAUGAGCAGCGUUCGCCUGAAUACGACAAAUUGCGCGCCGCACAGGAACAAGCGAUCAAGGGCCAGAAGGGUAUGCACGCGAAGAAGCAAACCCCGUCGCAUCGUAUCAACGAUCUGACCACGGAUCAUUCCCGCAUCAAGCAUCACUAUCUGCCCUCGUGGCAACGUGCCCUGCGUACCGAGGCGCUCGUUGAGUUCGUGGCGAGUGGAUCCCGCCUGAGGAUCUACUGUCCGAAGGAAAGCUGUCUGGUAACAUUCCUGCUCGCCGGUAUCAGUUGUCGCCGUUCGUCUCGUCCCGCGAUCGGUGGUGCACCGGCCCAGGAAGCGGAACCGUACGGUGACGAAGCGUUGCAAUUCACCCGCGAGAAGGUUCUGCAGCGAGACGUGAGCGUUAAGAUUGAUACCACCGACAAGCAGGCGACUAGCGUGAUCGGUUGGCUGUUCACCGAGCAUAACAUCAAUCUGUCGGUGGCACUCGUCGAGGAGGGUCUGGCCGAGGUGCACUUCACGGCGGAAAAAUCGGACUACUACCGUGUGCUGCGGGACGCGGAAGCGCGUGCGAAGGCACAACGGAAGAACAUCUGGAAGGAUUACGUCGAGAAGGCGGCAGUGGAGGAAGAAAAGGACGAGAUUGAAGACACGCCGGAUGUGAACACGCCCGCGGAACGGAAGGUGAAGUACGAGAGCGUGGUCGUGACGGAAGUGACGCCCGAGCUGCAAUUCUACGCCCAGCACACGGACCAGGGCGCCAAGCUGGAGGAGCUGAUGACGAAGCUGCGCCAGGACUUCAAGGCGAUGCCGCCGGUAACGGGCUCGUACGCACCGAGACGUGGCGAUAUGUGUGCGGCCAAGUUCUCCGAGGACGACGAGUGGUACCGUGCAAAGGUGGAGAAGGUAGAAAAGGGCGGUAACGUGUCGAUUCUUUACAUCGACUACGGCAAUCGUGAGAACGUUCCUUCGACUCGCCUUGCAAUGCUCCCGCCAACCUUUAUCUCGGAGAAACCGUUCGCGCAUCUGUACGUGCCGGCUUUGUUGCUACUGCCGACCGAUGCCGACGAUCGUGCCGAAGCCGUGAAAGCGUUCUCGCAAGACGUGCUGAACCGAACGCUCAACAUGAACGUCGAAUAUCGCAUCGCUGGUACUGAGUACGUGACGUUGGUUGAUCCUAGCACGAAGGGCGACAUUGCCGAGGAUCUAAUUGCUGAUGGUUACUUGAUCGCGGACAAGAACAAGAAGGAUCGCAGAUUGACCAAGCUGAUUGCGGACUACAAGGAUGCAGAGCAGAAGGCCCGCAAGCAUCAUAAGGGCAUCUGGCAGUACGGUGAUAGCACCGAAGACCAGGCCGGAGAGUUUGGCCUCAGCCGUUAAUGGCGCCGGCCAGCGCUCUCCCAUGCUGUUCAUCCUCAGACAGUUUCGUCCAUUCUCGUUCAU